CAAAAGACCAAACCGAAAAGAAAUUCAAAAUACAGCGAUUUUAGCGGCACAAGAACAAUUUUGUUGCAACGCAUGUCAAAUAGUUAACAACAAAUGCGGGUCAUUUGUUUUUAUAAAAUGUUUGCAACUAUCACUAUUUGCGCGCACCAGGUUUGUUAUAGCAACGAAAAAAUCGAAGUGUUUUAAAUGUCAAGGACAACAAAAAAGCAUAACAAAACUUACAACAAAAACCUAACAACAACACAAAGGCGACUUUUCACUCAGACGAAAAUCGAAAAAGAAAGUGCAAAGAAAUUAUAGCAACGAUGUCCACGAAUCCUGUAUAUGCAACGCCCGCCCAAAAGCCGCCAAGUAACUGUAACAGCAGCAACAAUGGAAUUGGCGAAUCCAACAAAGUAUCUGCUGCUGGUGGGGGAGGAGGAGUUGCAGUGGCCGCUCACACAUCGCUGGAUGUCAGUGGGACAGCAACUUCGGCAAAAAUGAUGCCGGCGGUACAAGCACAAGCAACUGGAGCCCAACAAAACUGGACAGAUGAGAUGGACAGUCCGCUGUGGUUGUCCUCGUUGCACAGUGUCAUUUUCAUCAUCACAUGCGCCUUGGCCGUGUUCAUAUUGUUUCGCAACGUACUGACUUGGCAUUUGCAGAGUUUCUGGGGAGCCUCCGGUGACUUUUGGCAAUCGCAAUGGGACAAGUUCAUCGACAAGUUUGGCGAUGAUCCAAUGAUGCUUUGGGUCUUUGGCACCACGCUCUUCACAAUGAUCGUGUAUUGGACUGUGGGUGGCAUUUAUACAUUCAUGGAUCUGACCAAUCGGCCAGCGUGUCUGCGCAAAUAUAAAAUCCAGCCGGGCACCAAUGAACCCGUCGAAGCCGGACGUCUAAUGAAGGUCAUUUGGCGUGUGAUCUGCAAUCAAAUAUUUGUGGGCAUACCGCUGGCAUAUCUAAGCUAUAAAUUGAUGACAGUCCGCGGCUUGAGCGAUAUACGCGAGUUGCCCACAUUCCAUUGGGUGUGCUUUGAGCUAACCGUAUGCAUCCUGAUGGAGGAGCUGGGCUUCUACUAUUCGCAUCGAUUGCUGCACCACAAGCACAUCUACAAGUUCAUACACAAACAGCAUCACGAGUGGACGGCGCCCAUCUCGGUGACAGCGAUCUAUUGUCAUCCCAUUGAGCACAUUUUCAGCAAUCUUUUGCCCCCGUUUCUGGGCGUAUUUCUAAUGGGCAGCCAUGUGGCCACCGCUUGGCUGUGGUUCGCCUUGGCCAUACUGAGCACACUGAAUGCCCACUCGGGCUAUCAUUUGCCCUUCUUUCCCAGUCCCGAAGCGCAUGACUUUCAUCAUCUGAAAUUCAACAACUGUUUCGGUGUGCUGGGCGUGCUGGAUCGACUGCAUGGCACAGAUUCGCUGUUUCGUGCCACCAAAUCGUAUGCGCGACACAUUAUGAUGCUGAGCUUUGUGCCACCGCGUGAUGCCUUUCCCGACUCCACCAUGAAGUGAGAAGAGAGUGGAGCGUGGAGCAGCAAACUCUUAUUAUUAAUAUUGCCUAUCUCCUGUCCCUCUCUCUGCAUGCAUGCAACUCCUAUAUAUAAAUAGAUAUAUACAUAUAUACAUAUACGUAUUUAUUUAUUAGGCAUCUUGGUGCAUGUCAUUUUUUUUACUGGCAUUUCUAAAUGUGUAUACUUCAUUGUGAUAAUAACCAGGCAAAGUCGUGUCGAGCGAUCGAGGAACGAUUUUAUAGACAUUACAAAAACCACGAAAAAAAAUGUUAAAAACACAAAAAAAAUAAGGUGCAAAAUGUAUAAUGUAAAAAUGUAGAGAAAAGACACAACACACAUCCUAAAAAAAAAAAACAGAAAACUAUAAACAAACAAUUCUAGUAGUAAGCAUAAGUGUGUUUGUAUUAUGUUAAACCCCUCCACACACACACACACACAGCACAAAACAAUGAGAUGAACAAUUACGAGUAAUAAAUAAGAAAGUAACACGCACAGAAUAAAAGAACUUGAACUUUGGGCGCUGCCUACAA